ACCCAUUCGCCAAAUAGAAGAAGAGUGUUGUCGUAGCAACCCGAAGCUUAUAUCGAGCGAUAACUGUCCUCAAGCUUGAUAAACUUAUACGCAUAGUAGCCGUAUAUACAGUGCUAUAUCUACUUUACUGCUCACCAUUUGAAAAAUCAGGUUUUAACAACUAACGCAAAGCUGUGUUCAAUGUCGGUGGUCAGCAGUCUGGUGCCUGCCCGUUUCCUCACUCUCAUCGCACACCUUGUAAUAGUGAUAAUCAUUUUCUGGUCUCGGGAGUACAGUGUCCGAGCCUGUCUACCACUCGACUACACUAAUGAAGAGUACACAGCAGAGGACACACGGCUUGUGGUGGCAUUAUCCGUGACUCUGGGCCUGUUAGCCAUCGAGUUGGUUGGGUUUCUCUGUGGAAUCUCUAUGUUCAACAACAACCAAGCUCUUCUGUCUAUUGGAUGUCACAGCAGUGGCUCUGUGGCUUUGCUUUUCUUCAUGUUUGAGCAAUGGACCUGCAGCAUUUACUGGUGGAUCUUUUCCUUCUGCAGUGUGAUUCCAGCAUUAUAUGAGAUGGUCAUUGUUGUUGUGGUGUUUGGAUGUAAGAGAAAGCCUUUGUGAGUGUAGCUGCUUUUUUGCUUUAGGAGAGUUGGAUGUUUUCUUUCCAUGACCGAUGUACCAGAAUAGCAUUCACUCACUGGCACAAUAAACUCCUGUUUUUCCACAA